UUAUAUAUUACUUAUUAUAAAUUUUAUUUCAUUCAAUCUCUUACUGCCCCCUUCUCAAAAAUACUUAAAAUUCUUUCGCAUAAAAAUUUGCUCCCUUUCUACAAAUUCCUAGCUCCACCCCUAGCUACUCCUCCUCUCUCUCUUGCUACCUCUAUCUCUCUAAUUUCUGCUGCAUUACUAUACACCUGUGCCGCACCCAUUUCCCAGGCUGAAACGUGCACUGAAUCCCAUUUUUCUAUUUCAUAACCUCCCAUUUGAGAGAGAGAGAGAGAGAGCAAUUGUUUUAUUUUGGUUCAUAACCUCCCAUUUAAGAAGCAUUCUUGCCUUGGUAGUUUGCAGCACAAUCUUGUGCUUUAAUUUAGCCUCCGUCUCUUUCUCGCUCCAUCACUUUUCAUUUUCUGUCAUCUCCCUCUUAUUUUUCACUAUCCCCUCUUAAUUACUCACCCACCACCAUUUUCAGGCUCACUAAUUUCUCUUUUCAACCACAAAUGAAGAAGUUUGUUCUGAAACUGGAUCUGGAAGAAGACAGAGACAAAAGAAGGGCUCUCAAAACUGUGACUGCCCUUUCAGGAAUCGAUGAGAUCACCAUUGACAUGAAGGGCAAGAAGCUAAUAGUGGUCGGGACAGUUGAUCCGGUGAGAGUGGUAAGCAAACUGCGCAAGAAAAACUGGCAAGUCGACAUCAUCUCCAUUGGCCCAUCUAAGGAGCCAGAGAAAAAGGAAGAGGGGAAGAAAGAAGACCCCAAAAAGGGAGGUGAGAAGAAGGAGAAGGCGGAAUCGGACCCCAGUAUUGGCACGGUGAUACCGUUCCGUCAGUGUUAUCCGCCGAUGAACACAUACUACUAUCUGCAUCACAGCAUGGAAGAGAAUCCGAAUGCAUGUGCCAUCUCUUAGCUAAUUUUGAACAAAAACUGAGCAAUUCUGCUCUUACUUGUCAAGGCUAUAAUAGUCUUUUCCGGAUUUUGUUGUGUAUAUAUAAUUAAUAAUGUUUUUUUAAAAUUUUAAAAGUUUAAUUAUUAUUAUUCACAUAUAUUUGUAA